UUCAACUUGGACGCAAUCACAAGUAAACAGUCGCUUCAGGUUGUAGUCAAGUGCUGCUAGCUAGGUAACUGUAAAAUAACAACAUUCCUGUACGAUAAGAUUAUAUAGAAGUUAUGAGCAAGCGCGAAGGUGAAGGGUGUCCUCGGAUGAAGACAACUCAGAAAACAGAUGACCGCGACACAGGAGCUAACCUGACAUCACCUGUGAUAGCUGCAUUCAAAGUGUUCCAGCAGGACCUAGACACCAAGCAUGACAAGCAUGAGCGCCUGGUCAAACUCAGCAGAGACAUCACCAUCGAAAGCAAGAGGACAAUAUUUCUACUGCACAGAGUCACCAGUGUCCCAGACGUGGAGGAGGUCCUGAAUGAAGCUGAUUUGAAGCUGGACGGAGUGAGACUGAAGAUCAGACUGAUUGCUGAGGAGCUCAGAGGAGAGGAUCUGUAUCAGUACCACAGAGCCUUCACCCCAGGUAUCCAGGAGUACGUGGAGGCUGUGUCGUUCCAUCACUUCAUCAGACAUCGUACUCUCAUUAGCCUGGAGGAGAUUAACACCAAGCUGGUCUUCAUCAAGGAGCCUGAGGCCAAGGACGCCCCUGAGGGCCAGCAGCCAAUGGGAACCACCCAAGUGCUGACCUUUCAGGUGACCCCUACAGACUACCUGUUGGGCGUGGCCGACCUGACAGGUGAGCUGAUGAGGAUUUGUAUCAGUAGCGUGGGGAACGGGGACAUGGACACGCCCUUCCAGGUAUCCAUGUUCCUACGUCAAAUCCACGAUGGCUUCUCCUACAUCGGCAACACUGGUCCUUAUGAGGUCAGUAAGAAGCUCCACACGCUGAGACAGAGUCUGUCCAAGGUGGAGGAUGCCUGCUAUACCCUGAAGGUGCGGGGGUCAGAGAUCCCCAAACACAUGCUGGCUGACGUCUUCUCCAGCAAGACAGCCAUGAUGGACCAGGACGAGGGAGUGGCCUAGUGAUGGGGGUGGGGUGUAAUGACCUGGAAGGGGUAGGGUUUAAUGAUGGGCAUGGUCUGGGAGUGAAGUUGCCCCUAAAGGCUAAUCUUGGAUCAGUUUUGCAUUUCCCGCGCUGAUGGUUAAGGUUAGGAUUACGGGUGGGAAAGCUGAUCCUGGACCUGUACCUAAGGGAAACUUCACCCCGAAGCCCUGUUAUGCAGUCAGGGCCACGUUCAGUUGGCAAAAUGUUGUGGAACGUUGCAGAUAGAAGUGUGUAAAGAUGGAAUGAUCCCUUAUUCUAGAUGUUCAAGAGGCAUGUUUGUUCUACAAAGUACAUUUUUAUCUGAACGUUCCACAACAUUAUGCCCUGAUUUGUUGUUGUUCUGACUUCUGUACCUCAGUUUGAUCUUGUGGUGACAUCUGAUGUUGGUCUGGAUGAUGUGUUUUUUAUGGUGUUUGACGUCAACUGUUGUUUCAUCCCAAACAUUGCUCAUUGCUCUUUGUUUGUUCUGAAUCUGAUCAGAGGCAUCACAAUCUCCACUGUGCCAAACGGUCAGUCCAAAUCUGAAGUUCAUCAAGUUACAGCAUGUAAAAUGUCACUCUUAAUUUUGUAUUUUUCAAUAAAGUUCCAAAUGUUUUGUGAA